AUGGUAAGUCUGGUGAUAGAACGACCAGUGAAUGCCGAAGCGAUCACCAACAUGAAGAACUCUCUCGAAGCUGCAUGCCGUCCUUCACCGCAGAAUUCAUCGACGAAUGAUGGCCCAAGUGCGCCAUAUCCUGCCAAAGCUCUAAAUGGAACCAAUCCACAAAUGGGUGUUGUAAAGGAAACUAAGAACGAAGAAUCCGGAGCUAACCAUCAAACUCACCUCAAUCAGAACAACAUCAAAGAGCAGAGACAUCGAAGAUCCAUUUUAUGGCCCAGUAAAUGUGUUGACGCCUUUAACAAUUGUCACGAAAAGCAGUUGAAUCAGCCCAACUUGAGAGGAUUUAGAUCCACUAAG